CGCCCAAAUUCUGAGGGUGGAAGCAGGGCUCACAAGUUCCAAGCCCAAAAACCCUAGCCUUGGUUAUCAGUUAUCACUUCUCACUCAUAAACCUCUCACCAAACCCUUCUUAGUCUUCAUCAUCCUCUUCGCCUUAUCCCUCCUCUUUUGCCCAGCAAUGGCGUCCUUCGGCGCCCAGGGUCAGCUUUUCUCUCCCCCUCUUACCCCAUCUCUUCGCCCCCGCCGUAGAUUGGCUUCCUCCACCCCCAUCUUGAAAGCAGGCUCUUCCACGCCUGCCAACACCAUCAAAUGCGAUCUCUCCUCCUCCUCCUCCUCCUCGCAAAACCCUGAAUCCUUGACACCGAAAAAACCCUUCUUCUCCCUCGCCCAGGCCCUAGCCUUCUCCGCUGGAGCCGCCGGUAUUCUCCUCCGCUUUUCUCCCGUCACUCCCCUUGUCGAUAGUGGCGAUUUCUCCGGCGGCGGAGGUGUAGGAGGCACUGGGGAUGGUGGUGGUGGUGGUGGUGGGGGUGGGGAUGGUGGGUUUUGGUCUAGAAUUUUCUCUCCAGCUGCUGUUGCGAAGGACGAGGAAUCUCAGGAAUGGGACUCUCAUGGCCUGCCGGCCAACAUUGUCGUUCAGCUUAACAAGCUUAGUGGAUUUAAGAAGUACAAGAUCUCGGAAAUUCUUUUCUAUGAUCGUCGUCGCGGGAGCGUCGUCGGCACCGAAGAUUCCUUCUUCGAGAUGGUCACCAUCCGGCCGGGAGGUAUCUACAACAAAGCCCAGCUUCAGAAAGAGCUUGAAAAUCUAGCAACUUGUGGAAUGUUUGAGAAGGUUGAUCUCGAAGGGAAGACCAAUCCAGAUGGGACAGUAGGGGUGACGAUAUCGUUUCUUGAAAGUACAUGGCAAUCUGCAGAUAAAUUCAGGUGCAUCAAUGUGGGGUUGAUGCCGCAGACGAAGCCUAUUGAAAUGGACGCGGACAUGACAGACAAAGAGAAGAUGGAGUAUUUCCGGAAUCAAGAAAAAGAUUACAAGAGGAGAAUUGACAAAUCUAGGCCCUGCUUGUUGCCAAUGCCGGUGUACCGGGAGAUUUUGCAGAUGCUAAGGGAUCAGGGAAAGGUGAGUGCGAGGUUGCUGCAGAAGAUAAGGGACCGCGUCCAGAAAUGGUAUCAUGAUGAGGGGUACGCCUGUGCGCAGGUUGUAAAUUUCGGGAAUUUGAAUACGAGAGAGGUUGUUUGUGAGGUGGUUGAAGGGGACAUUACACAAUUGGUCAUACAAUUUCAAGAUAAGCUUGGAAAUGUGGUUGAGGGGAACACCCAACUUCCAGUUGUAAGGCGAGAAUUGCCCAAACAGCUUCGACAAGGCCAUGUUUUUAACAUAGAAGCUGGGAAACAAGCUUUGAGGAAUAUCAACUCUCUUGCUUUAUUCUCUAACAUUGAAGUUAACCCACGGCCUGAUGAGAAGAAUGAGGGUGGGAUCAUUGUGGAAAUAAAGCUUAAAGAACUAGAACAGAAGACAGCUGAAGUGAGUUCAGAGUGGAGUAUUGUUCCUGGACGUGGAGGACGUCCCACAUUGGCAUCAAUCCAGCCCGGUGGAACUGUUAGUUUUGAGCAUCGUAAUAUUAAAGGGCUCAAUAGAUCUAUUCUCGGUUCAGUAACUACUAGCAACUUCCUCAAUCCCCAGGAUGACCUUGCUUUUAAGCUCGAGUAUGUGCAUCCAUAUCUGGAUGGUGUAUAUAAUGCUCGCAAUCGUACCCUCCGUGCAAGCUGCUUCAACAGCCGAAAACUAAGUCCAGUCUUCACCGGUGGGCCUGGAGUGGAUGAAGUUCCUCCUAUAUGGGUUGACCGUGCUGGCAUCAAAGCCAAUAUUACAGAGAACUUUACCCGCCAGAGCAAAUUCACUUAUGGACUCGUUAUGGAAGAGAUAACAACACGUGAUGAAAGUAGUCACAUUUCUCCCAAUGGACAAAGGGUAUUGCCCAGUGGAGGUAUCAGUGCAGAUGGACCUCCAACAACCCUCAGUGGCACUGGCAUUGACCGAAUGGCAUUUGCACAGGCAAAUAUCACCCGGGAUAACACCAAGUUUGUAAAUGGAGCUAUAGUUGGUGAGAGGAAUGUGUUUCAGGUGGACCAAGGCCUCGGUGUAGGGAGCAACUUCCCAUUUUUCAAUCGCCACCAGCUUACAUUGACCCGAUUUAUCCAGUUGAAGCAAGUAGAGGAAGGUGCUGGUAAACCACCACCACCAGUGCUAGUGCUUCAUGGCCACUAUGGUGGUUGUGUUGGUGACCUUCCAAGCUAUGAUGCUUUUGCACUUGGAGGGCCUUAUUCUGUGAGAGGUUACAAUAUGGGUGAAUUGGGUGCUGCUAGAAAUAUCCUUGAGGUGGCAGCUGAGCUACGAAUCCCUGUAAGAAAUACACAUGUGUAUGCGUUUGCAGAACACGGAAAUGAUCUAGGAAGUUCAAAGGAUGUAAAGGGGAACCCAACUGAAGUCUACCGGCGAAUGGGUUAUGGUUCCUCUUAUGGUGUUGGUGCCAAGCUAGGUCUUGUACGAGCUGAGUAUGCUGUUGAUCAUAACUCUGGUACUGGUGCAGUAUUUUUCCGGUUUGGAGAGAGAUUUUGAAAGACUUGUAGGUUCAAUGCUUUGCCUAGUACGUUAAUGCCUAGUGUAUUAAUGCCAUUAAGCAUCGGAAUAACUCCUGGGGUUUUCCUGGAUCUUGUGUUUUUUUGAGUUACUUAGAAAUUAGAACUAGUUAUAUGUUCUAAUUCUAGGGAAAUAAUAUUUUCUAUAUGUUGUGUUACAUUCUUUUCUGGCUCUGUAAGGACUAGAUUCUAUGGGGGAUUGUGAUUCGGGAUGACCCAACCUGUUAUAUUUUGUGUAAGAAAGCCUUUAUUUUCAUUAGUGAAACUCAAAUUCUGUGUGAUGGAAAUUAGAAAUUUCUGUAACCUUUUUGUUAGUCAGGAAAUUAGAACUUCUUCAUUUUACUU